GACGGCGCUUCGUGUAAGAAAGCGACGCCGCUUGGACGGAGGUAAACAUGGCCGCGAUGCAGACGACCCGGUCUCUGCCUCGCAAUUUCAGAUUAAUAUCCCAGCUAUGGAACACAAGAAGACAGAGCACAGCAGUAGAGGCUACAGGUAAAUGGCAGAUUGUAGGAGCAGCAUGUAUCACACGACCACCAGUGGUUUGCCCCCCAAUGACUCCCCUUGAAGCACAAUAUUCAGAGAUGCUAGCCACAGUGGAGAAGGAACUCUCCUUGAAGAGUAACCACGAACUAAGACACGAACAGGAUUUGAUGCGAGUAGAAUUCUUGAAAUCAGGAGAUACAGAAGAAGUAGACAUAGAAGAAGCCUCCAAACAAACAGCUUUAGAAUUUGAGGACAUUUGUACCGAGGAGUUCAAAGCCUUCACACCAGCUCCGAUUACAACAGAGGCUGAUGAGAAAAAUGAUCUGAGCAGUUUAAACAGAGCCCUUGAAAGAUCGCUGAUUUUAGUAGUCAAGCAGAAGCUGGGCAGCGAUCACCAGUGGGUCUUACCUCAAGCUCCUUGGGUGCCGGGAGAAACCUUAAGACAGACUUGUGAACGUGUGGUCAGAGAAACUUGUGGGACAUCUUUGAAAGUGAAAUUCCUUGGCAAUGCCCCCUGCGGAUAUUAUAAAUACAAGUUUCCCAAGCAGGCCCGAAAGGAUGGAUUCAUUGGUGCCAAGGUGAGGGUGCAUGACAUUCUGAUUUAUUGGUUCAUGUUGUUGUCAUUAAGUCCUUCUCCCCAAAAAUUAAUGUAACAAGAAAUACAUAGA